AUCUCCAAAAGAAAAAGAAACUAAAAAAAAGACCCCAACUUUCUGGAGGUCGACCGACGAGGGCGAUGCACCGCCGGAGGAAUAAUAAUGGCCCCCCCGCUUGGCGCCGCGCGGGGGAUUAACGGGAGAUCGACCGCGACCGCGGGGGCGCCGGCUCACUCCAUCUUGGCUUCUUCCUCCUCCUCCUUGGGCAAAGCAUUCUCCGCGCAGGCAGGUGGGAAUGCCACGGACGGCACUCGUCCAAGGAGACCCCUUUCGGGUCACGCGGCGUCUGGGAGGAGGAAGGGCGCCGUAGGAGGCUUCGCUUCCGCCGCUUCCUCGAUUCGGGUCCUCGACGCAGACCCUGCCCGACGAAAGUGCAGCGUCCACUGAUCUCUGCGAGCUAUCCUUUUAAUUCAAGCCUGGGGUUGUGAGGAGGAGAGGAGGAAUUGGGUGGCAGUAAUGGCGGGGGAGGAGCAGGGGGAGCGGAGCUCGCCGCUGCUGAGGAAGACGGAGCACCAGCCGGGAUGCCCGGGCUGCGAUCUCGAGCGGAGGAAGGCGCUCCGGAGCGGGAUGCCUUACAAGGAGUUCUUCUAUGUCUGGAUGGUCUCCCUCACUGCCGCUUUACCAAUAUCAUCACUGUUCCCCUUCUUAUAUUUCAUGAUAAGAGACUUGAAUGUUGCAAAAAGAACAGAAGAUAUUGGGUUCUAUGCUGGGUUUGUAGGUGCUUCUUUUAUGUUUGGGAGAUGUUUGACUUCAACUGCUUGGGGAAUAGCAGCAGACCGUAUUGGAAGGAAGCCAGUCAUUGUCUUUGGCAUUUUCUCCGUGGUAAUAUUUAAUACUUUGUUUGGGCUAAGUGUCACCUAUUGGAUGGCAAUAGCUACAAGGUUUCUCCUUGGUGCUUUAAAUGGUUUACUUGGACCAAUAAAGGCUUAUGCUAUUGAAGUUUGCCGACCUGAACAUGAAGCCCUAGCACUAUCACUUGUCAGCACAGCAUGGGGAAUAGGUCUCAUCAUUGGUCCUGCUCUGGGAGGCUACCUUGCACUUCCUGCAGAGAAAUAUCCAAGUAUCUUUUCGCCUGACUCAUUCUUUGGAAGGUUCCCAUACUUCUUGCCUUGCUUAUGCACAUCAAUGUUUGCUGCCGUUGUUCUGGUUAGCUGCAUAUGGAUGCCGGAGACGUUACACAAGCAUAAAGUCAAUGAGAAUGGAAAUCAAUGUGUUGAAGCUUUGGAGGCCCCUCUAAUUGAUCCGAAAGGAAAUGCUGUACAAAGUGGUAAUGUGGAUACCAAGAAGAGUUUGUUCAAGAACUGGCCAUUGAUGUCAUCCAUAAUUAUCUAUUGUGUCUUCUCCUUCCACGACAUGGCUUAUACGGAGGUGUUCUCUCUAUGGGCUGAAAGUGACAGGAAGUAUGGUGGACUGAGUUUAUCAUCCGAAGAUGUAGGUCAAACACUUGCAAUUACAGGUGCCAGUCUUCUUGUGUAUCAACUCUUUAUGUACCCACGCAUCAAUAAAGUUCUUGGACAUGUCAGAUCUUCUCAAAUCGCAGCUGUUCUGUGCAUACCUAUUCUCUUUGCCUACCCCUAUAUGACAUACCUGUCAGAACCUGGAUUAUCAAUCGUUCUGAAUAUUGCAUCGGUCAUAAAAAAUAAUCUUGGUGUUACCAUCAUCACAGGCACUUUCAUCCUUCAAAACAAUGCUGUGCCUCAGGACCAAAGAGGAGCAGCAAACGGAUUGGCCAUGACAGGAAUGUCCUUUUUCAAGGCAGUUGCUCCUGCAGGUGCUGGCAUUGUGUUCUCUUGGGCGCAGAAACGCCAGCAUGCUUUCUUUUUUCCAGGUGACCAGAUGGUGUUCUUCCUUCUGAAUAUAGUGGAGCUGCUUGGACUUGUUCUCACAUUCAAACCUUUCCUGGCUGUGCCAGAGCAAUAUGAUAGAAACUAGCUAGCUUUUCCGUUAUUAUUCUAGAAUUUUUGGAUCAUCACUCAGAUGGCAACACUCAUGGGUCCCGCAUCCAAGACAAAGGGGCUUAAGCGCACCCCCUUACACAAGGAUGACAAGGAGAGUUGAUAAUUGCUUUCUGUAUUUGUAUGUGACAUGUGUAAUAGCAGCCAUUUUCAAUAGAAGGAAUGCAUAUAUAGUCUGGUAAAAUAAAAUGGUGGCCAAACUGAUUGUUUGCCCCUUGCUUAGGCAGAUAUGUAUAUAUGUACUCCAAUGUAAGAACAAGUUUGUGAAAUAGAAAUUAAUUCGGUGGUAAUAGAACUGGUGUAAUUGUGUUAUA